AGCACACUGACAUCAUGCACUGAUGAAGGGACGGGGGCCUUAACAUCUGAGGAAAAAUACGAAACUUUAUAACACGAAAAAGGGAAAAAAGAAAAAAAGGAAAAAGAAAGAAAAAAUACUGGAGAUUACAGAGACACUAAAAACUGAACUUCAUUUUCAAUGAGCGCACUUCUGUGGACACAGCUCCGCUAUAUCAGAUAGAUGAUUUGUCCACUUGCUUGCACGUAUAAUGAACGCACAGCUGUCUAUGGAGAACAUUGUCGAUCUGCACGGAUUGAGUCAUGAACCGGUACCCAGCGCAGCGGAUCUCAUGACCGGAGACAGCUCUCAUCAUAGGAGCCAUCGGAGCACUCUGUCAGCCCAUGCGCGCUCCAUGGGCAUGGCAUCAAUCCUGGACAGCAGCGACUAUCAUCACCACCGGCCCCCGGAGCACCCCGGGCUCGCCACCCAUCUGCACCCGGCCAUGAGCAUGGCGUGCGAGGCUCCCCCCGGGAUGAGCAUGAGCAGCACCUACACCACUCUCACGCCGUUACAGCCCUUGCCGCCGAUUUCAACCGUCUCCGACAAAUUCCCCCACCAUCAUCACCACCACCAUCAUCAUCACCAUCACCCGCACCAAAGGAUCCCGGGCAACGUCAGCGGGAGCUUCACCUUGAUGAGGGACGAUAGGGGUCUGGCUCCGAUGAACAACCUGUACUCUCAGUACCACAAGGACGUGACCAGCAUGGGACAGAGCCUGUCGCCCCUGUCUGGGUCUGGACUGAGCGGCAUUCACAAUUCCCAGCAAGGUUUGCCGCCGUACGCGCACCCCGGGGCCACCAUGCCCGCCGAGAAGAUGCUUACACCCAAUGGAUACGAGGCACACCACCCCGCGAUGCUGGCUCGACACGGGGAACAGCACAUGAGCGCGUCCUCGGCGAGCAUGGUUCCGAUAAACGGCAUCCAUCAUCACCCUCACGCCCAUCUCAACGCCCAGGGCCACGGGCAGGUGCUGGGCUCCGCUCGGGAGCAGAGCCACUCCUCCGCGCCCGGUUCGCAGCUCAACAACGGCAGCAGUUCGGGUCAGAUGGAGGAGGUCAAUACCAAAGAAGUGGCCCAGAGGAUCACGACGGAACUGAAAAGAUAUAGCAUCCCGCAAGCCAUCUUCGCGCAGAGGGUGUUGUGCCGCUCACAGGGGACGCUCUCGGACCUCCUCCGGAACCCCAAGCCUUGGAGCAAGCUCAAGUCCGGCAGGGAAACCUUCCGAAGGAUGUGGAAAUGGCUGCAGGAGCCUGAGUUUCAGAGAAUGUCCGCGCUCAGGCUCGCAGGUGAGAGAACAAUAGCAUGUAAGAGAAAGGAACAAGAUCACGGGAGAGGCGAGCGGGGGAGCGUCUCCAAGAAGCCCCGACUGGUCUUCACUGAUGUCCAGCGGCGGACUUUACAUGCAAUAUUCAAAGAGAACAAGCGCCCGUCCAAAGAGUUACAAAUCACAAUCUCUCAGCAGCUGGGCUUGGAGCUCACAACCGUCAGCAACUUCUUCAUGAACGCGCGUCGGCGGAGCCUCGAUAAGUGGCUGGACGACUGCAGCUCCAACUCGGGCAAUUCCUCCUCCAGCACUUGUACCAAAGCAUGAUGGAGUAACGGCUGCGUAAUGACAAAAAAAAACUUCGGUGGAAAAGCUUUAAACAAAGAACACUUAACAAAAGACAAUUUUAGACAGCAUUUUGCCCUUAAAACUUGUACAAAACCGAUAUUUAUAAUAUCCAAAGAGAAAACACCAAAGACUCGCAUUUUGGACUUUGUUCGUCCGUGUCUGACAUACUGCAAAAAAGAAGUUACACUCCAAUCACUGGUCGUACUCAUCUCAACAAACUCCCCAACCUGCGUCUCUUUUAACGUGACCCAUUGCUUUCAAGGACCCUUUUCUCGUCAACAAUUGGACAUUGUCUCAAACGUGGAACGAUUGUUAUUUACGUUGAUGUCCGAAUCUGUGACGUUACUGACCCGAUCACUUGACCUGCAGUUGUUAUGCCUGACGUCACACACACACACAACCGUGUGUCUGUAAACAUCCCUCAAUGUCAUAGGGCACUCAAAUCUAGCCAGGGAUGUAAAUAUAGCUGAUGGAGAAUCUUGAGAUAGGUUGCCCUGAUUGUCACCCUCAGGAUUGUGCUUUCUUCCUAUUUGUUAGAAAAGUUACUAAGGAACCCGAAAAUACAUAUGCGCUUGCCAUCUUGACUUCUCAAUCACAGAUGGUACAACCAAAGAAACAUGUGUAUUUUUCAAUCAGGCCAAACUUUUGACUCCCCUCCUCAUUAAAUCAUGUGGUAAUGUGGACGGUGGGUCUUCUGCGUUUAACAUAUGAUUAGAUCUGCCAUUUUUCCUUUAAUCGCUGGUCAGAUAUGCCUUUGUGAGUGUGCAUCCCCAGUCCUUUCAUGUGAUUAUUUCAGGGAGAUGUUUUGCUAGCUUUAACCUGCCUUUUUAACCUGUAUUUUAAAUAUUUCAAUGCCAGUGGCUAUAAACCAAAGAUAAAGUGACAUUAACCAGCACCUGUCAUCAUUUCAUAUUCAUUAACAUCUGGGGAACUACUGGGUUAUUAUUCUUAUGGAUUUCUCCAAUACUUCUGGAUGAAAUAUGUAAUAAUUUUUUUGUAGUUGUGAGCUUUAUCUGGAGCAAAUUUGUAUGCACGUUAAAGGUGCUGUAAGCGAUUUUUUUGGCCGCUCAAUUGGAUCACCCUCAUCACUUCAACCGCUUGACUUCUCUUCAAAACCCCGCCCUCAAAAAAUCUGUUUGCUGUAAACCAACCUGAUGUCAUCUAAUUUGUUUACUGAAUGCAGAGCUGUUCCGAGACAAGCCGAUUCCUCAGGACGCUUAUUUCAGUCCCUUACAACGAUCCCUUACAAUACAUUUAACAGUCAUUAGAUGAGAAAUUCUGUUUGUUUUGUGUUUCAAAUAUCCUGCUGUUCUCACCAUGAGCUGCAUUAAUUUCCAAUCCACUUGGAUGUCACGUCCAUUCAUUUAGCUUCAUUUCUCAUUGAGAUCACGCUGAACGAAAGCCUAAGCUUCAUUUUAACUGCAUCAAUCAUGACAACCACUACAAUGUCCCCAAACGGGCCUGGACCCAAAACCCAGUAGAGAAAGGGAAGCGUGUUCUAUGCAUUUCACAACUAGGAAGAAAGACUAUGAUCCUGUGGCAGGGUAAUGUGUUAAGAGACUCAUUCAUUGUCUCUUGUGGCGUAGUUUAGCUUUAACAUAUAUUUGGUAUUUACGACUAUUGUGACAUCGAAGCAUAUAUAAAUGAGCGCUCAUGUAAAAAAGACGAAAAAACAACAAAACACAUUAAGACCUGCUGAUAUUUAUAGUGUGAACCAAAGAUGCUACCUCAGUCCGUUUCCAUUCGUGAUUUCUAUCAAAGUAAUGAUACCAAAGAAUACCAAAGAUUUGUUCUCUUUGCACGGCCUAAAUGAAGGAUAAGGUGAAUGAAUAGAUGGUGUUUUCCAGCCCUCCCUCCUUUCCUCCCUCUUUCCCUUGCUCUCUCUCUCUCUUUUGCUCAUCUGUGCUUGUAUAACAGCGCCCUCGGCAGACAUGCGUUAAACUCACAGGACGAGUGCCUUGCUUGAACCAAAGUGUUAAACCGCCGUUAACCUCCCACCUUUUAACUCUCGGAAUACCUCAGCCUGUGGAAGGGCCACUGACGAAGAAACAAAAAGGAAUAUCUCUUCUCUCUCACCAUGGUGCUUUUGCCAGUGCAACCAUGCAAUGAAAACAUACCAAAGGAAUUUCUCUUGCUUUCUCCGUCUCUUUUGCUGACAAACCAAAGCUCCUGCCACCUCCCUUUUAAGCCACUUGCCCGGCCCCCCUCGCCACGUCACUUGUGGGUGCGUCCACCGAUUAGGCCGUGCACGUCUUUACCAAUAUCUGAAUACCUCAUAGUAAUACGUUUUCACAGUUCUGUUGUAUAGAGAGUUUAUGUCAUAAAGGCAGAACUGAACUAGUUUGGUAAUCAUUGAUGAUUCUUCUUCUUCGAAAAAAUCUUUAUGAGUAUUUAUUUUGACAGUUUUGGCUAAAGUGCUCAGUUUUGGUCACCAAAGGCGAGUUUCUGUGAUAGCAGAAUGAAACUCAAGAAAAGGACAAGAGAAGCUUAUUUUUAUUAAAGCCUUGUGUUAUUCCGAUUCUCUAUUACGAUACGACUAUUGUUUUUUACAGGGUAAAACCAACUGCUGUGAUACUGUGUGUCUACGUUCACUUUCUUCUACUAGUGUGUUGUGAUUUCUGUUAAUUUAAUUGCAUUUUGUAAUGCCGAAACUCUGUUUUAAUUUAUGUAUUUGUAGAAAAUAUAGAUUUGUACAUAGUAGGUUUUUGGAAAAAACGAAACAAAAACGAAACAAAAAUGAACAUUCAUUAUUAUGUUACAGCCUUAUGUCAGAAGUGUAGAUAUAUGGAUCAAUUUCCAUUACUCUUUGUUUGUAUGUAAUCUGGCACUUUGGCCCAUGUACAAAACACUGCCCAAGAUCCGUAGAGGACUGACCUCUUUCCCUGCGUCGCAGAUGGAAAAGCAGUGUGUGAUGUUUUUAAUUUGAUUUUUUUAUUUAAAUGUUCUGAAUGAUUUGUCCUUUGUAUUUCAAAUCAUUGUUUUAUGGGUAUUGCUGCAGAUCCAAAGAUUUUUAAAACAAACCAAAAAGUGUGUGGGGGAGGGAUGGGAGGGCAGAGAGAAAGUUGUGUAAUUUUCAAAAGCACUGACGUUUGUGAGGUCUUUUGCUGUCUGCACGGGUAUGAACCAGUAGUGGGCAUAGUGGGCCAAUAUAGACGAGCUUAGUUCAAUCUGUCGGGGCAUAUCCUGCUAAAUGGUACAAUCUGAGGCUUUCGGGACAGAGGGCUGCAAGUCCUGCUCACUUUGUUGUGUCAGACACCAACUGGGUGAAGCCUAGACUGUGGGUGGGGUCUAAAGGCAGCAGGUCUGCCGCAAGCAGGGCAGUAGUGGCGCUGUCCAGUUCCAUCCGAUACCUGCCAAUUUUGGUCCAAAUGUGUAUUUUGACAAUGAGCAAAGUCUAAUAAACCUGCAACGAAAACAGGAAUCGGUGUGUGCAUGUGUGGGGAGGGCAAACGUAACAGGUUUCAGGUAAAAGGUUUUGUGUGGACCUUCUGCACAACAAGCGGCACCAAGCGGAAUAAAAAAAGGACUGUUUUCAAAGAAAUGUCCAUUAGCAUUACCAAGCGAGCAUCCCCAGAUUUAUAUGUGACCCUGCCAUCUUUGUUUGCAUAAGACUAUGUUAAAAAUUCUCCUAACAAGUCAGACAUCUGUAAAGUAUCUACUAUAAUAUAGUGUUUUUUUAUAUAAUGCUUGAACAAUGUUUGAUCAGAAUGACAACACAUGUAUUUUCCCUGCUUUAUGACGUCAAAUUCAGGCAAACAGUUUAUCCCACAGCAUUGGUUAGACCAAACAAACAGACUGCAGUUCCAUUUGGUGCCGCAGCAAUUACACACCUUUGGAUGCCUGUGUUUGUGAGUGUCCACUUUGGAUGGAGGAUAUCACAGAACUGAGAGAAUGAAGCAGUAUUACGUCCCUUAACAUUAGCAGGAUUGAAUAUAAAGCCCACGGUAGCAGAGCUGUUCAUCUCGCUGUGCUAUACAAUCAGAGUUGUUUUGUUUAUUGCAUUAGGAUUGCUGGCCAAGAGUUUCUUGUAUGCCACUCAAAUGACGUCUGACAGAAGCAACGUCUCUAGUGUUGGUUUUCUACAAUAGUUAAGAGUCUCAAACCCUACCCUGAGUCAAGAGCCUCUCUAACCAGAACCCCUCCUAAACCACAGAGUCAAACCACAGAGCUGUUCAUUUGACAGUCCGCGUGCUCUCAAAAACACCACUAGGUUGAGUGGCACAGAACACACCCUUCUCUUUCCCAACCGUAAACCCCGCCGCUAAUGUAGUGUCUAGCUUAGAUAGCUCGAUGUAUGUGAAUGUUGGGAUUGCUCUAAUCAUUAAUUCCUAUCCCAGUUGGUUGUCGUGGAAAAGGAGUUCCUAUUUGAUAGAAGGCUUGGCUCUGCGUGCCGUAUAAUACUGAGAGCGCCUAAGACAAUCAGCUGGAAAACAAAAUCACGUUUUCGUUUUUUGAUAUUUAUUUUUUGUAGGUCCAAGAGGGACUACUUCCAGCGAUGAUUAUUAUUAAGAAAGAGUAAGGUUUUGAUAAACUGAAAAAUAAACUUGCUGACAUUUUCUUUUGCAAAACUAGUGCUCGUUCCAAUUCAGACAGUGCAUCUUGUAUCAAGCUGAUUCUGUUAUAACGCUUUCUUUUUUCUCUUUCGGCCUGUUUUCUCUGUACGUUGUGUCUGUUUCAGUGGAGGAAUGCAGUAGGUAUUACUCUCAGGUUGUAAAGCGUCUUGCUCUUCAUUUCAAAUUCUGACCUAUUGAACUGUUUGGUUUAUUUCCUCUUUCUUCUGUUUCCUGUUAGCUACUGUUCUCUAUGCCGUGCAAUAUCAUCUUCUGUGUUUGCUAAGCAAGAAAAAAAAAAGGAAAAAAAAAGAUGCAAGUUAUGAUGUCACCAUGCUUUUUUCAGUGUUAAAAUGUUUCAGCAUUUCUGUAGUCACAAAAAUGUAGAAAAUAAAAAGGUUGGGUUUUCCAGCACAUCACAACCAGA